AUGCCGACGAUUGGAGUUGAAAAAGAAGAUUUUCUCCGUCGAACUGGUCGAGCGAAGAGCAUAACGCAGGAAGAACUGGAGAACUUGUUCUUCGAUUUGGGACUUGAACUCGACGAUAUCGAGGAAGAAAAUGGAAAGACGAUCUUCAAAGUUGACAUUCCAGCGAACCGUUACGAUAUUCUUUGCAUCGAAGGACUUUGCCGGGCGAUCAAUAUUUUCGACGGAAAAGCUCCUGAUCAGUACACUCUCGAAGGAUCCCCCGUCGAGAAGGAACGCGAUCAUAAAUUUGCUACAAGUGAUUUUUUUUAA